AUCGACUCCGUGCCCCUGCGCGCGGGGCCGCACGCAAGUCCCUCAAUGCCACUCCUUCCAAACGCCGGAAUCCGCCGUCGCUCCUGCUGCAGGCUUUGCUCAACUCCGCCAGCCAGCACCCGCCCGCCCGCCCUGCCUCAUCCACGCCAGCCCCCGCCGAGGUGACCGCCCCGCCAGCCACCUCCACGCCCGAGGGAACUCCCCUCGCGCCCGCUUCGCCAGACACCUCCUCCCCGGCCACGCCCCCGGACACUCCGCCGACUGCCUCGCCGGCGGCAGCGUCCACCCCUGCCCCCAUGCCGGCCGGUCUUUGGAACCCCCUGGCCGCGGCGUUGAUGAGCCUGCCGCAGCAGGCGUCCUGCACCUGCCGCUCCGCGCCGGGAGCGGGCGGUGAAGCCGGGCAGCCCUGUCUCCUGCAUCACCCCCUGCUAAGCUCCUACCUAGCCUACUAUGGGCUGUCCUUGCCACCGCAUUUGGGCUUCCCCUAUGCGCCCUUCCUGAAUGCCUUCCCCUCGGCCCCGGCGGCAAUGGCCGCCGCCACCUCGGAUCCUGCCCAUGCGCAUCUCCUGGCCGGGGCGUCGGCCCUGCAGGCGGCUCUCCUUGGUGGGGCGGACGCCCCUUCAAGUGCCGGGGCUCCGGCCCCAUCCAUGCCCACUCCGCUGACUGGCCUGCACUACCCCUUCCAGCCGCUGUUCCUGCCGCUAAACGCCGCCCCCCCGGCGGCGGCUUACCUGCUCCCGCAACUGUCCUCCCUGGCGGCCACCGGCUGGUCGUUCUCUCCCCCGACGGCCGGCGUCCCGCAUGGCGCUCCCCCGACCCCGGCUUCUCCGCCCCCCUCGGUCGUUACACCGCCACCGGUCGCCCCGUCCAUGGCCACCCCGGCCUCCACCCAGGCACCCCAAGCUCCGACCAGCCCGCCCCCAUCGCCCUCGGCUAGCCCUGCAGACCGGGCCCCCGAAGCACCUGCCCUCUUCAGCAUAGAUGAUGAGCCAGCGGACAUGUCAGCGCCAGCGCCAGCGCCAGCGCCAAUCCCUUCGGCCUCCAGGUCAUCCAUGUCCGAUGAAGACUGUCGGGCUUGGAUUUCGGCCCUCAGCGCUCCACGCGCCUCCCCGGCCUCCACGGCCGCGGCGCUGCCCAUCUCUCUGAGUCAGGCGGGCGAUUCGCCGGCCACAUCCGGCAGCGGGCCAUCGACGCCACCGGCGGCGGCACGCCAGCAAGCGGCCCCCCUCCCGGCGACCCCGCGGCCGCCGCUCUCCCCGCUGUCGCCGGCCAUCCUGAAUUCGAUCACCGCCGCGGUCCCGGGCACGCCCAUCUCCCCUCCCCUGCCACCUGUCAUUCUCUCGCCCGGGGUCGGGGUCGACUUGGCCCCCGGCGGGAGCUCCAAGCGCGUUUGGCUGGGCCCCGAUGAUCGCCGGCAGCUUCCCCUGCCGCGGAGACGGGGAUGA